AGGUUUAAUUUACUAUCCUUUUAGCUCUUUGGUUCGAAACUGUUCUGAAUACGUGUUCAUCAGGGUUACUGUCGAGAAAAAGGCAGAACAAAAAGGAUGUCUCUCUGCUCCUGAUGUUUUUGAGCACAGACGAGGUGCUAUCCCGAUCUUUGCCACAUUGGGGCGCUGUUGGCCUUAGUUGCUGAAGGGGAACCCCAUUAAUACCACCCCAUCCCUUCCCUCGGCUUUUUCUUCUCCGCCUGUUUGCUCCCCUGCUCCACAACACAGUACAGUACACACUAGUGCUCUAGUAGUGGCAGUAACCAAUACAAGUGUGUUCAGUCUCUCCUCGUAGCGUCAGUUUCUGCUCUGUAUAAACUAGCCAUUUAUCAUCAAUCAUGGCCGCCGGAGUACAAAUCUAACUCCCGUCUUUCCUCCCUGUCGUCUGGAGGGGAGGAUUUUUGUUUGAGGAAACACAAUAUUAGCCCCACACUGAUUUGGAUUUCCUCUUGGAAUUACAAUACAUCUCACAAGGGAAAUACCAUUCAUGUCAAUACUCCAAAAUGCAGCCGCCGCCGAGGAAGGUCAAAGUGACACAGGAGCUGAAAAACACACACACGGAUCAGAUGACAAGACUGCACUUUAAACACCAGACCGAAUGUGACCUGCUGGAAGACAUGAGGAGCUACAGUCUGAAGAAGGGACAGCUGGAGAGGGACUAUGCACAGGCUCUGCAGAAGUUAGCAAGUCAGUACCUAAAGAGAGACUGGCCUGGAAUCAACCCUGAUGACCAGAGAACAGACUAUCGGAAUGUGUAUGCAGUGUGGAGGUCCUACUUAGAGGGUACAGUGCAGGUGAGCCAGUCCAGGCUCAAUGUGUGUGACAAUUACAAGAGUCAAGUAUCAGAUCCCGCUAAGACUGUUAGACUCUACAAGGAACAGCAACUCAAAAAGACCAUAGAUCAGUUGAGUGGCAUUCAGGCAGAGCUGCAGGAGUCGGUAAAGGAGCUGGCCAAAGCCAAGAAAAAAUACUACGACUGUGAGCAGGUUGCCCACGCUGUACGAGAGAAGGCCGACAUAGAGGCAAAGUCUAAACUGGGUCUUUUUCAGUCAAGAAUUAGUUUACAGAAAGCAAGUGUAAAGUUGAAAGCUAAGAGAAGUGACUGUAACUCCAAGGCGACACAAGCCAGGAAUGACUACUUGCUAACGCUAGCUGCUGCCAACGCUCACCAUGACCGCUACUACCAUACAGAUCUACUGCACUGCAUACAGCCCUUCUCUCUGUCUGUCCUCCAGGCCUUGGAUGGCAGGAUCUAUGAGCAUGUGAAAGACUAUCUGGUAGCGCUGUGUCGCACCGAGCUAGAGGCCUCCCAAGCUACACACAACACCUUCCAGUUCCUGUUGGACAAAUCCACCAGGAUAAUACAAGAGUUCAACCAGCAGUUGUUCAUGCAGGAGAAUCCAGUGUUUCACAAAGCACAUGACUUCCAGUUCCAGCCUAGUGAAUGUGACACGACUCUGAGCUCGGUGCAGCAGUUGGUGGACAUUGAGCCGUCGCCCGUCAGUGCCAUGAGAAUGACCCUGGCACAGAGUCGUCAGCUGGAGUCGGAGACGGGGACAACGGAGGAGCACAGUCUGAACAAGGAGGCCAGGAAAUGGGCAACCAGAGUGGCCAGGGAACACAAAAAUAUCAUUCACUACAAGAGAUCUCUGGAGGAGUGUGAGAGCCAUGGCUUGCCCGCCACGGAGCAAGGCAGACUAGAUCUGGAGCUGAAGAUAGAAGACACCAAAGAAAACAUACGCAAAGCCGAGACAAUAAAAUUGAAAGCUGAGGCUCGGUUGGACCUUCUACGUCAGGUGGGGGUUGCUGUGGAUACCUGGCUGAAGAGUGCAAUGAAUCAGGUGAUGGAGGAGCUGGAGAAUGAACGUUGGGCCAGCUACACUUCCCACGAUCCCUCACUGUCGGGCACAGUGGACCUGGAGCGUGAGGAGGGUGAGGAGUGUGAAGAGAAUAUGGAGGUUUUUGACGACAGCAGCUCUAGUCCUUCGGGAACCCUUCGGAACUACCCGCUUACCUGCAAAGUCCUGUACUCGUACAAGGCCUCUCAGCCGGACGAGUUGACUAUCGAUGAACAGGAGAUGUUGGAGGUCAUUGAGGAUGGAGACAUGGAGGACUGGGUCAAGGCUCGCAAUAAGACCGGCCAUGUUGGCUAUGUCCCAGAGAAAUACCUGCAGUUCCCGACCUCCAACAGUCUGCUGAGUAUGCUCCAGUCUCUGGCUACACUCGACGCUCGAUCACACACCUCGUCUAAUUCAACUGAGCCAGAGCUGCUCUCUGGCUGUAUCAAUGGAGACACAAACACGGUGUAUGUCCGUGCACUUUAUGAUUACGAGGGCCAGGCGGACGAGGAGCUCUCCUUUUCUGAGGGAGCUGUGAUCCGUCUGUUGAGCCGCGACACUCAGACAGACGAUGGCUUCUGGGAGGGGGAGCUCAACGGGCGUGUGGGCGUCUUCCCUUCCGUACUGGUAGAAGAUUUCACUGAAAAUGGGGAGACCAGCGGGGGAGGGGUGGGUGACAUACAGAUCUCUCCAUCACUGAAGUUGCCAUCUUCUCUGCCCCCUCUUCCGCUGUACGACCAACCUCCCAUCAGCCCUUUCACCAGCCCCGAGACCUCCACCCCACCUCCUCUCCCACGCUCACCUUCCACUGCACUUAAUGGGGAGCACAAACCUCCACUGCCUGCCUCAUCACACAAGGGCCCACUGUCCACUCACAAUCAGAGCUCUGGCAGGAGUCCAGUGUCUCCAGGAUUUCCUCAGACUCAGCCGCCACGAUUCACCCCUGAAGGAGGCCCAGGCAAACUACGACCUGUGCGAGCUGCCCCUCCUCCACCUAAACAGCACUCCCGGAGACAGCAGGAGAAGAGCGACAAGACGGAGGAGGUGGAGAUCACACUGGUGUGACAGGCAGACAAGUUGGCAGGCUUGGUUGGUUUUAGACACUCAAAAAAAUUAAAACAGAUGACAGACAGACUUAUCCUACAGCCUGAAGAACUGAACUGCUCUGAACUGAAAUGAGCUGAGAUAAAAAAGAUGUGAAGUAAACCGAACUGAACCAUGUCGACCCCUCCGGCCGCUCCGCAUCUUCUCUCCUCCUCAAGUGGAGGAGGAGAGAAGAGAGAGGAGAUAAAGGCAGAGUAUCCAAUUAAUUAAUCUCCGUAGUAGCUUCCUAAUGAAGUGCAGCAGUGGCUGCCUCCGUAUCCCUCUCCGCCCUCCCUUGUCCUUCCAGUCUUGCCUUAAAACUUCACCUCAUCAGACAGCAAACCAGAGCACAGUAAAAGGAGCAGGAAGAGGAGGGAGAAUGUUUGGAGAGGGGGGAGUAAGAAGUAAAUGAUGGGUUUGGCAAGUUUUCUUUUGUCUUAUUAAGCUUACUUUAAGAUAUUCAGUUUAUUUCUCUGUGCAGUUUAUUUUUUAUUUAUAUAUUUGAACUUGUUUUAAUCACUCACAUGCUAACAAAUAAUCAUAAAGCAUGAGAAAAACUUUGGAGCCCUGACACUGACAAAGUAUAGUAAAGGGAAAUCAGACAAAUCAAAAAUAUCAUGAAAAUACAUAAAUAUUACUGUUACUUAAAUAGUAAAUGUAAAUAAAUAUAAAGCUUUAUACUUUAUGUAACUGUCAAUAAGUAAGGAGAUUGAUUUUCUUCCCCUUUACUGCCUAUUAGUAGAUUCAAUAAAUGAAAACAAAUUAUUUUGCUCAUAUUACUAUCAUACAUAUCACUUAUCUUUCAUAAGCCCAUUUUCUUUUUAUAUGUAUUUCUUUUUUGUUUUGGUCUUGGCACACAUUUAAUCAUUUGUCUAUUAUCACCACACACAUUUCCCUUUCCUCACCACAUUCCCAACUGUCCUUAACAUAUAAUAAUUAGGAAAAUUACCAAUAUUUGGAGAAAGGAGAUAUGAUUGUUGCAAACACUGGAAUCUAAACGCACUGAGUGACCUUUUCUGCUAGGUACCGAGCUGAAGCUAACUGUCUUAAUUAAACUAUACCAGUCAGUGUAUGUUAUGUUUAUUAUCCAUGUGCUGUACUUUAUACUGCUGUAGCAUCACUGUAGAAACUCUUGUAUCAGUCACUAAAGCAUUGUAGUCAACAAGCUAACGCUGGCAAAGCUAGCAACAAAUUAGAACUUUUGAGUUCAGUUUUACAUUUUGAGAAAAGAGAGAUUUAAUUACAUACAUCUACAAAAUGUUGAGGAUGACACAAUGAAGUCCAAGACUUAGUUCCAUUAUCUUCGAUAAAGAAGUCAGUGAACUUCCAAGUAGCACUGUAGCACAGCAAGUAGUUUGUUGGCUAAAAAGCUUUAGCUACAGCAGCAUGCAGUACAAUAAUUUGAUGGUUAACAUCAGGUGCACAAGCUGUGAAGACAGUUAGCUCUAGCUAGCUAGCUAGCUGAAAGGACUGAUGCUCAGUUUGUUUGGCUCACCCGUAUUGUCAGUUAAGCUAGCUAGCCACACAGUCUAGCUAAGUCAGCUUCAGAUGGUGGCUAACAUUAAUAGAGAAGGUUGAUGCUCACUGUGCAUAGUUGCUAAUGUUUUCAGUUUAGCACAUUGUUUCCAGUGCUCCACAUAUUUAACAAAUUUCCAAAUGAUUAUACAUGCAUGGUUAAAAUAGGGAAUAAUUACAUGAUUAAAUACACCAAACAACGGGAAAAUGGGUUUGAAAAUAAAAUAGGCCAUAAAAGUUACAUAGAAAAGUGAGUGAAAUUAAGUUUUCUACUAUUGUAUCCACUGAUUGGUAGUAAAGAAAAAGAAAAAGAACUUUUAAAUAUGUUAUAUUUUUAACUUAUUUACUAAAUUUUGUGUUUCAGUGUUGGGGCUCCAUAAAAAGUAAGCUUGAUGAAAGGGAAUGAGUCAAAACUUGCCAAGUUUGUCAUGUUUUGGAGUGCAGUGGGGGUUGAAGUAAAUGGACAGAGAAACUGGGUGUUGUGUGUGGACACAGCGUCCCCCUCCCCAGCCCUUCCCUUGCCAUAUAUAGUCCUUAUCAUCAUACGUAUUCAAUGUGUAUUAGUACAGUACAUUACUGUUGUCAUAGGAAUGUUAUGCACAGCGUUUCAUAUAGACUAACUCAGCUGAAUGGAUGACCAUGUCUGAUAUGUAGUGGAAGUUUUAUCCUCAUCUUAUACUGAAAGGGCAUUGUAAAUACAAUAUGAAGAAGAGAUGAAAGGAGAGAGGGGAGGAGACGAUGAAAGAAAAAGAGAGAAAAUGGAGGCUGGAUCCUCCCUUCUGCUCUUAUCUCCACUUCUCUCCCCACCCUUCCUUUAUUUCUCUCCCUCUUUUCUCUAAUGUCUGUUCUGUCCAUUGGCAGUCAGUGUGAAUCAGUAGCUUUCAUAUACACACAUACAGUUACAUAAUAUUACACACACAUUGCUAUAUCUGCUCUCAUUCUGUGACCCGCUCUUUGUUUGUAUCACUGAUUGGUUCAGGAGGAGGAUGAUGGUGCUUUCAAAGGCACUGCAAUUGUUGGUAUUCACCAUGUGGUGACAGAGAAAAGUUUUAUUUGAGAUGAUAUAGACACUGAAAAAUAUUUGGGGUCAGGAGAUUUUAUUAAUCACAGAAAGAACAGUAUGACUUUUAUCCCUACAGAUCAUAUCUCCUAUCACACUGAUUUUAUUCACCUAUAACAUAUAUCUUUGUUUAACUGACACGCAUUACAUUCGCAGGUAUUAUUUCUCUCUGUUGCUUUUGCAAAGCAUCUCCAUCACAUUACAAUGGGAUUCUGGCUUUUUAAUGCAGCAGAAAAAACAUCCAUAAAAACAAAUGAACCUUUAAUAUUUCCAGUUUGACAUCAUCCUCAUCUUUUCCCACUGUCUUACAUUUCAACUUCGAUUAACCAUGGUAGAAACAGAAAACAAAAGAGAUGUAUAAAAUAAAUACAUCAUUCUGAAUGGAAAGAACAGAACUUGCAAGCGACAUUCAAAGUACAAUUUCGUUCUUUUUUCUUUUUUUUACUCAAAGUAAAAAAAUCUUCCCCCUAACACACCCCUCAAACCUUUAAAACUCCUUGCCUAAAGGGCAGCGUAGCACUUUUAUUUAUUUGUACCUUCCCUGGAAAGUAGCAGUACCUACACGUAGCAGCGGGACAUGUAGAAAUGACUCUGUUGAAUCACUGUAGUUACAAAUACAGAAGUCAGAGUCAUUCUUUUCAUUAAUGCUGUGGUGGAUCCUCAUUGUUUCAGUGUGACUGAUACUUUUAUUUUCACUUCUCCACUCUUCUAAAGAGAUGGAGAGAUAAUUGUGGACAAUGUAAUUUGGUGUUUUCCUUAACUUAUAAACAACAAAUGAAAAAAAUUACAGUAAGGGAUCCUUUGAAUGAAAACAUGGAGAAAAUGUGUGUGUAUUUUUUUUCUUUUCUUUCUUUUUUUUGGUCUUGGGAUAGGCCUAGCUGUUUGCGCGUGUGAUUGUUUAUCGGAGAGAGGAGGAAUUUUGAUUAGGUCUGUGUUCGACUCUGAAGAUGUGCCCCAGUUCCUUCCUACAUAUUUAUUUUAACUAGGCUUUGAUUUUGUUGAUCAUUCACACCACAAAUUAAAUUAUACUCAGAGAUGUCAGUAUGGACACUAAAUUAUCUUGAUACUGUGUGUGAUGUUGAUGAACACUACUUUCUCACGGUGCACACAGAUAAGACAUUUAUGAAAGGAGCCUUUCAUAGAUGGAGACAAUUAGAACAGUACUUGUUCUCCAUUGGUGGGAAUGCUUCAGAAACAUACUGGAAAACAAAAAAAAAAGUAUUAAAUCUGUGUUGCUCUCUACUUACUAAUGACAUUUAUCAGUCCUGCUCCAAAGUAGCAGUACAUUAACUGUAAAGUAUAUUAAUUUCCUGUGUAUUAACUGCAAAAAUAGUAUGGAUUGGUAUAAAAUACAUACUAUGUAGUAUUAAUAUGAAGUAUGGAGUUGGGACACAGCUUGAGGCUUGGGCUCAAAUUGAUUGGUCUCUAUACUGGAGGUUAAUUAUGUCAGACUGAAAAAAGUGAUGCGAGAAAUUGUGAAAAUACUGAAAACAUCCUUGAUUUUUUUGCAUCAUUUUUUAGAAACAAAACAUUUUGUGUAGCAUCCACACCUAACAAAGGUUAAGCAUGCUGGACUUAGUUAAAGUUUCAGAUCCAAACCUCUGCUCUUCUGCUGUUGUAGGAACUAACAUUGACUUGUAACAGAGUGGUCAAGACGACUUGAACAACAGCCUCUCCUUGAUCUCUCUGAGAUCUUAUUUAUACUGGUUUUCAAACUUGUUUUGAAGUUUAUGGUUUACAGCAGCAUCCCACAGAACAUCCCACCAUAAAUGCUCCAUUAGUCAAUCCAUCAAAAUGUAGGACUUUUUGUUGCUAGCUGACACUUCGAACAUGAUUAUUUUCCCUUGUUAACAGCCCAUCUGGUCUGCUACAGUGUUUAAUUUUUUGGUUUGAGCCUGUUUUUGUUUUUUAAUGUAUCAUAUAAUUCUAUAUUUUUCAUCCUUGGAUUUGGAGCAGCUGCACCGCUGCUGCUGUUAUUAAUGAUGUGGUGGAACAACUGGCCUUCUCUCUCUUCACAGACUGUUGCCAUGGUGACAAUAAUGAGAACAGGUGCAAAAGUCUUUCUGCAUAUUAUUAUUGGCUGUACAAAAAACAAAGUUUGUAUUUAUUGUGUACAAAUGUUAAUUAAUAAAAAAAAUAUGGAAAAAUUG